CAACAAUGGUGACCAGAACAGUCGAUCUUCGAUCUGAUACUGUCACGAGACCUACCGAGGCAAUGAGGGCUGCGAUGGCAACUGCUGAAGUUGAUGAUGAUGUCUUGGGUGCUGAUCCGACUGCGGUCCGGUUAGAAUCAGAGGUUGCAAUGAUCAUGGGCAAAGAAGCCGGUUUAUUCGUUCCAUCAGGCACAAUGGGUAACCUCAUUAGUGUUCUUGUUCACUGUGAUAUAAGGGGAAGUGAGGUCAUUCUUGGAGACAACUCUCAUAUCCAUAUUUAUGAGAAUGGUGGAAUUUCAACCAUUGGAGGUGUUCAUCCAAGGCCAGUGAAGAACAAUGAUGAUGGAACUAUGGACAUCAAUUCGAUUGAAGCUGCCAUUAGAGACCCAAGAGGAGAGCUCGUUUACCCGACUACGAGGCUGAUUUGCUUGGAGAAUUCACAUGCAAACACCGGGGGUAGAUGUUUGUCUGUGGAAUACACAGACAAAGUUGGUGAUCUAGCUAAGAAGCAUGGCUUGAAGCUUCACAUUGACGGGGCUCGAAUUUUCAAUGCAUCUGUGGCACUCGGAAUUCCUGUUAACAGGCUUGUACAAGCUGCAGAUUCCGUCUCGGUAUGUUUAUCAAAAGGUUUGGGUGCUCCAGUUGGAUCAGUCAUUGUUGGAUCCAAAAGCUUUAUUAGUAAGGCUAGAAGACUUCGGAAGACCUUAGGCGGUGGGAUGAGACAGCUUGGUUUCAUUUGUGCUGCUGCUUUUGUUGCUCUGAAUGAGAAUGUCGCAAAGCUUGAAGGUGAUCACAAGAAGGCUAAGAUGUUAGCAGAGGGGCUAAAUCAAAUUAAAGGUCUAAGAGUCGAUGUUGCUGCGGUGGAAACGAAUAUCAUAUUUUUUGACAUAGUGGAGGAAACAAAAAUCACAGCAGAGAAACUAUACAAGAACCUAGAGGAACAUGGUGUACUUGUGAUGCCAGAAGGCCCAUACAGGAUGAGAAUUGUCCUCCACCACCAAAUAUCAUCAAGUGAUGUGCAGUACACUUUGUCCUGCUUUCAGCAAGCAUUCAACGGAGUGCAAGAAGAAAAUGGCUACCAUGUCUGAAAUUGGUACGACUCGUGAAGAUCAGUUCAGAGGCAGGAGGAACACGCUCCAUCGUAUAAUCAUAAAUAAUAUGUAGAACCCAUUAAUAUUAAGCCUUUUAAGAUUUCAUCAUCAUUUCUUCGUACCUA